AUGAGUGCUAGACGGCUGCAUUUCGAGGGAGCUUCUGACAAAAGAGGCAUAUCUGAUUUCGUUACAACAACAACAACAACAACAACAACAACAACAACUACUACUACUACUACUACUACUACUACUACUACUACUACUACUACUACUACUACUACUACUACUACUACUACUACUACUACUACUACUACUACUACUACUACUACUACUACUACUACUACUACUACUACUACUACUACUACUACUACUACUACUACUACUACUACUACUACUACUACUACUACUACUACUACUACUACUACUACUACUACUACUACUACUACUACUACUACUACUACUACUACUACUACUACUACUACUACUACUACUACUACUACUACUACUACUACUACUACUACUACUACUACUACUACUACUACUACUACUACUACUACUACUACUACUACUACUACUACUACUACUACUACUACUACUACUACUACUACUACUACUACUACUACUACUACUACUACUACUACUACUACUACUACUACUACUACUACUACUACUACUACUACUACUACUACUACUACUACUACUACUACUACUACUACUACUACUACUACUACUACUACUACUACUACUACUACUACUACUACUACUACUACUACUACUACUACUACUACUACUACUACUACUACUACUACUACUACUACUACUACUACUACUACUACUACUACUACUACUACACCUUUUGACUAUCAGCAAUAG